AUGAAGGCAUUGACUGGCUUGCUUCUUGUGGGUCUUCUAGCCCUUUGGAUAGGAUUACCCUUUACUUCUUCUUUCAGGAUUCCAGUGCUUCCUUGGAGUUGCCCACGAAAUCCAUUUAAAUGCACCAUCCCAGGAAUACAUCGCUGUCGUUAUGAUUAUGAUUGCCCAGGAAGACAAAGGUGUUGCUACUAUAAUUGUAAUAGGAUCUGCAGAUAA